GUGGCCUGGAUAGCCAAGACCCAGUGCAUGGCCGAGUCCUCCAGACCAUCUAUAAGAAGCUGACUGGCUCCAAGUUUGACUGUGCCCUCCAUGGAGACCACUGGGAAGAUCUGGGCUUUCAGGCUCCAUACAAUGCUCCACCGCCGCUGCUGCCACGACCCAGACGGCGCACCAGCACCCCACGGCCGACAACUCCGCCACCGUGGAGGACAUGAACGAGUACAGCAACAUAGAGGAAUUCGCAGAGGGAUCCAAGAUCAACGCGAGCAAGAAUCAGCAGGAUGACGGUAAAAUGUUUAUUGGAGGCUUGAGCUGGGAUACGAGCAAGAAAGAUCUGACUGAAUAUUUGUCUCGAUUUGGGGAAGUUGUAGACUGUACAAUAAAAACAGAUCCAAUGACUGGAAGAUCAAGAGGAUUUGGAUUUGUGCUUUUCAAAGAUGCUGCUAGUGUUGAUAAGGUUUUGGAACUGAAAGAACACAAAUUGGAUGGCAAAUUGAUAGACCCCAAAAGGGCCAAAGCUUUAAAAGGGAAAGAACCCCCCAAAAAGGUUUUUGUGGGUGGAUUGAGCCCAGAUACUUCUGAAGAACAAAUUAAAGAAUAUUUUGGAGCCUUUGGAGAGAUUGAAAAUGUUGAACUUCCCAUGGAUACAAAAACAAAUGAAAGAAGAGGAUUUUGUUUCAUUACAUAUACAGACGAAGAGCCAGUAAAGAAAUUGUUAGAAAGGAGAUAUCAUCAAAUUGGUUCUGGGAAGUGUGAAAUCAAAGUUGCACAACCCAAAGAGGUAUACAGGCAGCAACAGCAACAACAAAAAGGAAGAAGAGGUGCUGCAGCUGGUGGACGAGGUGGUACUAGGGGUCAUGGACGAGGUCAGGGCCAAAACUGGAACCAAGGAUUUAAUAACUGUUAUGAUCAAGGAUAUGGAAAUUACAAUAGUGCCUGUGGUGGUGAUCAAAACUAUAGUGGCUAUGGCGGCUAUGAUUAUACCGGGUAUAACUAUGGGAACUAUGGAUAUGGACAGGGAUGUGCAGACUACAGUGGGCAACAGAGCGCUUACGGCAAGGCGUCUCGAGGGGGUGGCAAUCACCAAAACAAUUACCAGCCAUACUAAAGGAGGAUGUUGGAGAAGACAGGAGGAGAUUGCUAAAGUUAACCCAUCUUGCAGGACGACAUUGAAGAUUGGUCUUUUGUUGAUCUAAGAUGAUUAUUUUGUAAAAGACUUUCUAGUGUACAAGACACAACUGUCCAACUGUAUAUAGCCACCAAUUAGUUUUCUUUGUUUUUACUUUGUCUUUUGCUAUCUGUGUUAUGACUUGAUGUGGAUUUGUGUUUAUACAAAUUUUAUUUGUAUGAUUCCAUGUUAAACC